AUGCCGCCUCGCCGCCAGGGAGGUUCGGGCUACCGCGGCGUCCGCGUGCGUCCAUCCGGCACGUACUCCGCCUUGAUCCGGUUGGGCGGCGGCGUGCGCCUCGGCCUCGGAACCUUCGACACUGCCAAGGACGGCGCCCGCGCGUACGACGCUGCGGCGUGGCGCCUCCGGCAGUCCCGUUGGGACAUGAACUUCACCGACGUGGCGACGCCGGAGCGGGCACAGGAGUUGGCUCCUUUCCCGCGGCUUAUCACCGACGAGGAUCGGCGCAAAAACCGGAGGCGGGAGCGCCGUCUCAGCCUGGCCGAGAUGGACGAGGAAGCCAUGGCGCUGUGGAGGCAACGAUUCCCGCAAGAUAUCAUCAACGAGGAACACGUGCCUGCUGGAGCGGAUCGGACGCGCUUUAUUUUGCGGCGGCCGCUGGAGACAGCGCACCGCCGCGCGCAAAACCUAGCUUACCCGGUGCUGUAUUCUGACUUUUAG